AGGUCUCUUCGGAGAUGCGCAAUGCUGGCUAUCCAGAGGCCUCGACUUGGGCGUUGGAGUGGCAACUGCGGACCUUGCUCGGGGACGCUGAGCCUGACCCAGCCACUGGCGACGAGUUGCAGCGCCAUCACCGCGGGCUGCCCGAGCUAUGGAUGACAUCUGCCAUCGGGCUGGGUAUGAGGAAUCCGGAGCCGUCGAACACCGAGGCGGAUCGCCUCCAGCACGAAGCCAGAAACCUACUCCGCGAGGCGGGCCUGCAAAUUGACACCAAGGAGGAUGAUGCAACUCCUGGAUCACGGCUUACCAAGGCUCCCUCUGACACGGUCACCUCGCAGGAAGAGGUGAGCUAUAGAGAAGUCUUGGACACUCCCUCGCCGGAAGUGCAGGCGGCGCAGGUCAGCGACGCAAGUUUGGGGCGCUGUCCAGGGCUGGACGCCCUCCUGCGCGCCGCCCAGGAGGAUCUGCUGGAGGCCGCCGUGGAGGCCGCUCGGCGAGGAGCAGAAGGGCGUUGAACAGAUUCGAGACGUUUCUGGCUUGGGCAAAUUCGGCGUGAGCGCGGUUGUGGACACUGGAUCCACUGCGGCAUCCUCAAAACUGCCUUCCUUGCAUGGUG